AUGGCAGGCCGUGUGCCCAUCGAUGUGCAACCUCUUUGUCGCAUGGAGCAUUGCUAUGAUGUGGAGUUCAUCAACGGCUCCGUCGCAACUGAAUUUGGAUACAUCCGAAGUCAGGAUGAAGGCUUGAUUUCUUGUCCACUGCCGCAGGUGGGGCGUCUUUGGUCUGGCCUGAGUGGCCGCAGCAAAUGCCAGCUGAAAGUAUCGUUGAACGGCGGGGUGCACUGGUCAGAACCGCCAAUUGCCAUGGAUGUGAUUGCCGCACCGACGCUCUUUGAUGCCACUCCUACUCGAGUCAGUGCUGACUCUGGCACCGACAUGUUCUGCGAGAAGCGCACAGUUCUGGACAUCAUCGGCAGUCACUUCAAUCACGCAAUUGGCAACGACACGAUCUCUCCGAGAUGUUGGCUCGGCGAGCACGAGGGCUCCGUCAUCUCCGUCAUGCACAACGUCACCAAGUGCUCAUUUCAUUCCGGGCCUCGGAUCAGGCAGGACAGAAUGACAUUUGAUUCCGUGGCUCUUGGCAAUGGUCUUUUCGGAGUAUCCCUUACGGGGCCUGUCCUGAAGGAUCCAAUGAGUCCGAAACCGCCUGUCAUGGUCUUUGUGGCAGAUCCUCCGGUCAUCAACUACAUCAGACCAACGGUUGUCUUCCAGGAGCCAGGCCGUCGCCUUUACGUCUAUGGAUCCCACUUUCCGCCAGACACUGGUGGUGAUUGUGCCUUCUUCAGAGAUGGUACAGCAGGCCGAGACCGAGUGGUGGUUCCCUCUGUGAACCUCAACAGCAGCCUGGUCAUUUGUCCCUUACCAGAGGCUUUGACAGGUGGUAAGUAUCAGCUGAUGAUUCGCUUCAAGGGCGGAGUGGUGGCUCAACCGCAUGUGGAUCAGAAGCCAGUCUUUGAGGUUUUGGAUCCUCUUCAUGUCUCGCAGUUCCGCCCGAGCGUGGUUGGCCCGCGACGUCCAGUCCAAGUAAUCCUCGAUGGCGUUUCAGCGCCACUACAGGAACUGGAAACGUCUGGAUCCUUCGAAAGUGAGGCCAUUUACUGCAUGUGGUUUGUUUACGCCAGCGAGUCCCAGACCCAAGGAGCUGAGAACAGCCUUCCAGUAUUUGUGUCUGAAGCUGGCCGCGCACGCGUGAUGCGCUGCACAGAUCCAGAGGUGACUCGCUUCUGCGCGUGUGGUCAAACUCUCAAAGGCUGCCAGGAUGCAGAACACUUGGUGUUUGGGAGCCCAGAUGAGUCCAGAUGA